UAGCCAUAUCAAGUUGCAUCUUCUAGUAAAAAGGGCAAAUUAGUAAAACAAAAACAAACUCAAAACCACAACAAAACCAGAAAUCAUCAUUAUCAAUAUCAACGACGCACACAAACCACACCGAAUCAAAUUCAACGAUCCAUCAUCCACUCUCAUUUUUUUCACCUCUUCAUUUUCACUCUCACACUUUUCUCUUCCUCUCUUACCUUCAAUUUCAUCAUCAUCAUCUUCAUUUUUUCUUGAUUAACCAGAUUCCGAUUCAUUCUAAUUUUCCUUCUCAACAAUAAUAACUAUGAAUUUCAUUGACCGAUUCAAUUCCAUUGACUUUCCCCAUGAAUCUUACCCUGUUUACGAAGAUUUCUACUUCCUCCCUCUCUUCGCUCUCUUCUUCCCUUCCAUUCGCUUCCUUCUCGACAGAUUCAUCUUCGAGAAAGUGGCAAGAAGAUUGAUAUUUGGAAAGGGGAACAAAAUGUUGGAUUACCAGACAGAUGAUAGAAGAAAGAGGAUUAAUAAAUUUAAGGAAUCUGCGUGGAAAUGUAUUUAUUAUCUCUCGGCUGAGAUUCUUGCGCUGUAUGUGACUUAUGAUGAGCCUUGGUUUACGAAUACGAGAUAUUUUUGGGUAGGGCCUGAGAAUCAGGUUUGGCCGGAUCAAAAGAUUAAGUUGAAAUUGAAGGCAGUCUAUAUGUAUACUGCUGGAUUUUAUUCAUACUCCAUUUUUGCUUUAAUAUUUUGGGAAACAAGGCGGUCUGACUUUGGGGUUUCCAUGAGUCAUCAUGUUGCUACUUUCAUGCUCAUUGUGCUGUCUUACAUUUGUAGGUUUGCUCGUGUUGGAUCAGUUGUUUUAGCAAUUCAUGAUGCUAGUGAUGUGUUUCUUGAGAUAGGGAAAAUGUCCAAAUACAGUGGUGCUGAAGCAACGGCUAGUACUGCAUUUAUUCUUUUUGUUUUAUCUUGGGUCAUAUUGCGCCUCAUUUACUACCCAUUCUGGAUUCUUUGGAGUACAAGCUAUGAAGUUCUGCUCACCUUGGAUAAGGAAAAGCACCAAGUGGAUGGUCCAAUAUAUUAUUAUAUGUUCAAUACUCUUCUAUUCUGCUUGCUGGUUCUGCAUAUUUAUUGGUGGGUGUUAAUAUAUCGAAUGCUUGUUAAACAAAUCCAAGCAAGAGGAAAACUUAGUGAAGAUGUUCGAUCGGAUUCAGAAGAUGAACACGAAGAUUGAGCAUGGAAGCAAAAUCAUUAUUUAAACUCAAGGCAAAGAUGACUUGGUUAGCUCCAAAAGUUUAUGUGCCUUUGCCCACAAUGUUAACCAUUUUCAAAUGUUCAUUCAAAUUGGAGGGAAUUGUAUUUAUGCCGAUUCAAGAGUAGACUACGGAGCUGAUUUAAAGGGAAGCGGAUUGAGAGAAUUUUCAAUCUUCUAAAUUAUUGGGCUAUGCAGCACAACCAGAAGUUCAGUUCUGCUGCAUGCCAUUUUGCUAUAAUGGAUUUGUCCCUCAAUAUUCAUUCAAAAUUUACAGUUAGAAUUUUGAAGGACUGUGACCAUUAAUGUAUACUAUUUCUUGCACUAACUGUAUCCUUGGCUUCCAUAUAAUUGGAAAACGAAAUUGUUGUCCUUGAUUUGCACA